UAUUCCAAUAAUUCAAAUUUCCAAUUAUUAGGCAAAAUAACUCCAAUUUUAUGAAUAUCUCCAAACAUGUGGCAAAGAAAACUGUAUACUUUGGUAUUCUUAAGAAAAGAAAAUCAAAUUCUCUUAGGCUUCAAGAAGCGCGGUUUUGGCGUGAACAAAUGGAAUGGUUUUGGUGGUAAAGUUGAACCAAACGAGAGCAUAGUAGAAGCUGCUGCUCGAGAGUUGAAAGAAGAAUGUAACUUGGUCGUUGAAAUUUGUGAUUUGAAGCAUAUCGCACAUAUGGAGUUCACAUUUGAAGGCGAACCUACAUUAAUGGACGUUCGAGUUUAUUCUACCAAUAAAUUCACCGGGACCCUUAAAGAAACAGAGGAAAUGCGUCCAAAAUGGUUUAUUCUUGAAAACAUACCGUAUGACCAGAUGUGGCUAGAUGAUAGACUCUGGUUUCCAUACAUGUUCAAAGGGAAAUUAGUGCAUGGGAGAUUCCACUUUCUAGGACAUGACAAAAUCUUAAAUUAUAAAAUUGAGGAAUUAGAAUCUAUGGAGGCACAUUACAAUAAAAAUAAGAUGUAACUUUUCAAUAGUUGCUUACAAAAAAAAUUUAGUGGUGCGAAGUAUAAUUAAGAUUAUUUGUAAUUUUUUGACAAAUGUUUGUCAGUUAUUUUGCAACUAUAAUUUUAUGAUUACUUAUGAUUGACAUGCUGUGAUUAGAAUAAGUUUUAAAUUACAAUAAACUGAAAUAAAAUUUU